AUGGAACGGCCAUCAACCAUUUUAAAAAGCGCUAGGCUACCAGUUUCGAAAGAAUCCUCCCAAGGAAAAGAGUCUUCAAAGCGUGAAAGUUGUUCGUCACCACAUUCUCCAUCUCGACGCCGAACCUCGAAAGACCUUGAGCAAGGACCAGACGAAAGCACAAGAACAACAAAACCGGGGACACGUGAGCGGAGGAAAAAACUACGUGAAGACUCGAUCAGGAAGCUCAAAGAAGGCCGCAGGAAAAUCCUUGAAUUAGCACAGCAGCUCAGAAAGAGGGAAGGACUUGGCAGAACGCAUAGCGAUCCGUCACUAAACAUUAAAAAGGAUAAAGAGCAAAGCGGUGAAAGUACAAGGAAAUCAAAGAGCAUGGAAAGCACCACUCAAGACAAAACAUCCGCUGCCGUAGUGACCGGAAUGAACAAAUUGAACAACUUAACUCGAAUAGCCAACAACGAGGAUGAGCGGCAGAGGUAA